AUGGACGUCUGUGACCACAUUUACUUGUUAGAAACAAGCCCUAUUUUAAAGUACUUACUGUUACAAGAAGAAAAAAAAGUUUGGGUGAAUACAAUAUAUGAAGAUAGAGAAAGAUUUGGUGAAUUCCAUACUCUUUUCCCUAAACUCCUGGAACAACCAGUAAAAUUUUAUGAAUAUUUAAGAAUGACACCGAAUACUUUUUUCUAUAUUCUUGAGAAAAUUCGUUUCCAGCUCCAAAAAUAUUCAAACUUCCGAAUUUGUAUUACACCUGAAGAAAGACUAGUAGUUACAUUAAGGUUUCUAUCUACGGGAACUCCUUAUAGAUCAUUAGCAUUUUCAUUUCGUAUGGCACAUAACACGAUCAGUGGAAUAAUUUAUGAAACAUGUAACACAAUUUGGAAUGUUUUUGGACAAAUUCAUAUGCCUUUUCCGACGAAAGAUAUGUUUUACCAGAUUGCUCACGAUUUUGAAACUCUGUGGAAUUUUCCUAAUUGUAUCUGGUGCAUUGACGGUAAACACAUCCGCAUAAAAUGUCCAAAAAAAACUGGUUCAAUGUUUUAUAACUAUAAAAAUUAUUUUUCGGUACACUUGCAAGGCGUGUGUGAUGCAAAAUAUAAAUUUAUUACAGUGGACAUAGGAGCGUAUGGAAAACAGAGUGAUAGCGGUGUAUUUACUGAGUCUAAUAUAUAUAAUUACCUAGAAACAAAUUCUUUUAAUGUACCACCCAACAGACCACUUCCAAACACAAAUAUUCCAAUGCCUUUUGUUUUAUUGGGAGACCAAGGAUAUCCACUAAAAGAAUAUUUGAUGCGACCAUAUCCAUGCACCACAAAUUUGGAUCCAGAAAAAGAAAUUUUCAACUAUCGUCUUAGUCGAGCCAGACGAAUGAUAGAAUGUACAUUUGGUAUAUUAGUAUCAAAGUGGAGGUGUCUAAAAACGGAAUUACAAGUUAAUGAAGAUCAC